AUGUUCAAAAAAUAUAAGAACAAGAAUCCAGAGUUAGACAUGACUUUCUGGUGGAAAAAAAACCCAAAAUUACCAGUAGAUCAUGUGAAGUUUAUCAUUGAGCAAUUGUCAAAGAUCGACUCGUCGUGGAACCCAGAUAGCAGACGUAAAGCGCAGGAGGAGUGCACACGAUAUCUAAUGGGCACGAAGCAUUUUAUGUUGGGUGAUGCUGAGACAAAUAUAACGACAGAUGCCCUUGAUGAACUCUAUGCUGCCAUGUAUCGCCAUGAUUUUUUCUACGAGCUACUUUUACAUUUCUCAGAUUUAGAAUUUGAGGCGAGGAAGGAAGUAAUACUCAUAUUUUCAAUUUGUUUAAGACAUUCUAAAGAUAACAAGCAUGUGACAGUUGAUUAUUUGGUCUCUGAACCACGCACUAUAAAUCAAAUGUUGCGCACCAUUGAGCUGGCCCUUCAAGGGAAAAAUGCACAUGACAUUUUCUUACCGGUGGGUAACAUGAUUUUGGAAUGUAUCAAAUAUGAACAACUAUGUCGCAUUAUACUGAAAGAUCAGCAGAUUUGGAAAUUUUUUGAAUUUGUGAAAUUAGGUUACUUCGAAAUUAGUACUGAAUCAUUACAGAUUUUGAGUGCUGCACUCACCACUCAUUCAAAGCUGGUCUCAAAGGAGUUUUUCAGUCAAGAUAGUAAUAUAGUCGAUUUCAUUCAAAAUAUCAACAAGCUUAUUGCACAUGGUACCUAUGUGACAAAGAGGCAAAGCACCAAGUUAUUAGGGACCUUAAUUGUAUUGAGAUCUAAUAAUCAAUUAAUGAAUCAGUACAUCAACUCUCCCGAGAAUUUAAAACUUAUAAUGACAGUCAUGACAGAUAAAUCAAAAAACUUGCAAAAUGAAGCGUUUAAUGUUUUUAAGGUGAUGAUAGCGAAUCCUCGAAAAUCAAAACCCGUUUCAGAUAUAUUGAUCAAAAACAGAGAGAAACUGCUGAUGUAUUUUGAGACAUUUGGAUUGGAUUCUCUUGAUCAAACAUUCCUUGAUGAGAGAGACUUCAUCAUACAGGAAAUUGAAUCUUUGCCAAGAAUUGUUUCUUCAAAUGCAGAUUCAAGCUGCAACCUUGCCGGUUCACCACCAAAGAAUACUACUACUAGUAGUCCUUCAAAUAAUAAUGCAACCUAA